GCUGAUUUACAGGAUGAGAAAACUCGUGUACACUUAGUGGAAGUAAUUACCAACAUCACCCCCAUAAAGUCCUUAAUAAAAAAGGUUAUAAUUGAUUAUAAUAAUGUACGGUUUACUUUAAUUAAUACCUACUUUAUUAUAUUUUCUGCCCGUUUAGAUAGGGCAGAAAGGAAAAAAACAGAGAGGAAAAAUGGCCCUACCUUUAUUGAAAGUAAUAAGUAAGAACCUUUAAAGGGAUUUUUAAUGAAAUAAACACGUUUCAAGUCAUAAAUUUUACCAUUUUAUAUAAAUAUAUUAGUCUCUGAUGUAUGAUAAGUGCUUGUGUGACGUAUCUGAUCUCAUUACAGGAGUACACAGUGCAGCUUACAUUAAGGGAGCAAUGGGCCGACGAGAGGAUGCAUUUCAAUGAUUAUAACGGCCAAAUACGUUAUCUGACGUUGACGGAUCCGGAUAAAAUUUGGAAACCCGACUUAUUUUUCGCUAAUGAAAAGGAAGGACACUUCCACGAAAUCAUUAUGCCAAAUGUUUUGCUAAGGAUCUACCCCAAAGGAGACGUUCUUUACAGUAUCAGGAUAUCUUUGGUGCUUUCUUGCCCAAUGGAUCUCAAAUAUUAUCCUCUAGAUAAGCAGAUAUGUACUAUAACUAUGGUCAGUUAUGGCUACACGAAAGAAGAAUUGAUCUUCAUUUGGAAGGAGGGUGACCCCAUACAACUAACUAAAAACCUUCACCUGCCACGCUUCACACUAGAAAGAUACGAAACUGAUUACUGUUCCAGUAGGACUAAUACAGGUGAAUACAGUUGCCUGAAAGUGGACCUACUGUUCAAAAGAGAGUUCAGCUACUACCUCAUACAGAUAUACAUUCCCUGUUGUAUGCUGGUUAUUGUGUCGUGGGUUUCCUUCUGGUUGGACCAGAAUGCCAUACCAGCUAGAGUUUCUCUAGGUGUUACCACCCUGCUGACUAUGGCUACUCAGAUAUCUGGCAUUAAUUCGGCUCUACCUCCUGUCUCUUACACUAAAGCUAUUGAUAUAUGGACGGGUGUGUGCCUGACCUUCGUUUUUGGUGCCCUGUUGGAGUUCGCUUUAGUUAAUUACGCUUCAAGGAGUGACGUGCACAGGCAGCAGCGACGAUCGCAGGAGGUGGAUCAUUUAGAAGAUGGAGCUAACUUUGCAAUGAAACCGUUAUUUAGAAAUCACAACUCGGAAAACAGCGAGAAGAGAAGAAAGUGUGAAGUCCACAUCCAUUCUCCCUAUACAAAUUACUGUAAAGCUUGGUUUGCUAAAUUCCCUUCUAGAUCCAAAAGAAUUGACGUCAUUUCCCGUCUCUUCUUCCCGAUUAUGUUCGCACUUUUCAAUUUAGUAUACUGGACCACCUAUUUAUUUCGAGAAGAGAAAGAAGAGCAUAAAUAAUUUUUGUAAGGCAUCUAUCAACCUUUAAAGAAAGGAAAACGACCUCUGUUCUUACGGGACUUAUGCUCCAAUGAAAUGAAUGAGUUCUUUGGUCACGUGGGCGAUUUUUUUUUCGCACGUGAGCUUCCUUUUCUACACCACGGAUCCGCUGUCGAAGGUUAUUUGAAACGAAGGGAAUGUUUCGAGCUGAUAAUGGUAUCGACGUCUUGUAUUUUUCCAAAAGAAUAUAUUACAGACAGAGACUAUUUUAUAAACAAAUCACAACUGUUUCUUCCUUUAAAAAUUCUGUUAUUAUUGUUUUUUAUAUAUAAACAUAUAUAUAAACUAUAAUAUAAUAUAACUAUAUAAUUAAUA